AUGGGCGUGGCAAGCCGCGAUAAGCUCGAGCCUACUGUAGCCGCUGCUACCUCAACGAGCAUUUGCCAGUUGAACGAUAUAUUUUCCACUGCUUGUACAGGGAACUACACCAAGACUCAUCAACGGCAAGGUUCAGAAAGAGUCAACCAUGACCACGCUGGGGUAAAAGUUCUGUCGGAGGGGAGUUGCUCUGCCGCCCCUGAUUCUGCGCAAACGCUGCCACCUCCUGUUCCUGGUCUCGCUGGCGACACCGACGUCCUCGGUCAUGCGAUACGACUCCACCAAGCCGGGGAUUCUGAGGCGGCUAAAGACACAUACAGCGCAUUGCUGGAGGCUACCCCGCGACACGCAGAUGCUUUGCGCUUGCUGGGUCUAACAUGGUACGGCGACGCUAUUCGCAUCGAGAGCAGCGGGGACGGAUCCGUCGCCUCAGCAAUAGACAUAGCAGGAUACUUCGAACAGGCCCAGCAAUUUGUUUGGCGAGCGGUACUCUGCGCCAAGGCGGGGCGAGAAGUAUAUUUGAUACUCGGAGACCUGGGAGAGGUACUUCGAGGUUCAGGGGCGCUGCAGGACGCAGAGCGGGUUUUGAGGAGCGCGCUUCAAAGCAAUAGUCUCCCCACACACGCCCGUCGUCAGGCGACGUUUAACCUUGCGGUUACCCUCAUCCAGCUUCGUGGAGAGACCAGGAAGCCGGCAAAAGCUACAGAACGUCCGCAUGACCGCCGGCGCUACGACGACGAAGUGGAGGAAUUGCUGCGCGGGGUCGUGGCGGAUGGUGCUGGCACCGUUGACUCCCUGACACGUCGGGCGACAAUGCAGCUGGGGCUAUUUGCGAGGACCCGCAGUGACUCCGCCGCAGCCGUGUACUGGAUGGAGAAAGCGGUACGCUCGCUUCAGUUCGUAUUCAACGUAAGUCUGAAUCCCGGCUGCCCGAGCACAGCUCAAGAGCUGGGGCGUGCUCUGUUGGAAUCCGGGCGAGCGAACGAGGCAACAGAAGUCCUCAAGCAGGCCUUAGCGUUAGACCCAGCAACCCCAGGACCACUUAUGAACGCCGCGCUUCAGAGGUCGGAAAGCGGGAACCUUGUCCAGGCGCGGGAGCUGUACUCAAGGGCGUACGACCUCACCGGAGACGGCGGUGUGUUGAUUCGGAUGGCCCUCAUGAUGUCCCCGGUGGCCGCUAGCACGGAACGGCUGCUCGAAGAACGGGCUAGUGUCCUCCAAGAGGUCCUUCGGCUGACGGACCUCCAGCGAAGAGGCAUGCUAUCCGUAGCUUCCCCCGGGAAGGAGCUCGAACGGGCACCUUUCCUGGUUGUAUACGCGGGAAACAACCAGAGGAAGACAAUGGAGGCCAUAGCCAGGAGACCAAACCGUUCACUCUGA